AUGGUACAAAUACGGCGUAACAUACGUAUCAAAAUAGAAAAGAGCAUCGUUUUAUCCGUGUAUGGUAAAUUAAUUUUCAUAUUAGCGCUGUAUGCGGAUAACAUAUCGUUCAAAGCCUGCUUAACUCUUGAGCCGUGCACUACUGCACUUGAAGAAAUAAAUGUCUCUAAACCCACGGUAAAAAUAUUUCCUUUCACUCGAGUGCGCUUGUUUAAAGCACGGGCAGAUUUAACAAAAGUUCAUACGAACGAAUCGCAUUUUCAAACUACCACGUCUUCGUGUAGGUCUGAAGGGAACAACGUUUUAUGA